UCAACCCAUUUUUAUCGAGGUAACUUUGAUUCUGCAUAUUAGAUUAAACUCUCUCCCAAUUGGUAAAAAAAAAUGAAACUUGAUUCCUCUUCUCAACAUUUGAAGGCGGUGUUCGAAUAAUUUCAUUCUAAUUUUUAGUUGGUUCAAUUCAUCCAAUUGAAACUGAAACCCACAAAAUUGAUGAAUCAUUGAGUCCAUUAUCGUUGACAUAUGGUAAUGGGUUUGCCAAGGUUUGGUCGUCCAAAGAACGCUGAUGAACUGAGCUCUAAUCUAUUCGUGGCAAAUUGUGGACAAGCCGUGGGAAUUUCCGAUAAUGAUAUUGUUUCUGUUUUCUGCAAAUUUGGGGAACUCAAUGGAGUUUAUGCAGCUGAUGAUAGUGGCACACGUGUCAUUGUAUCUUAUUCUGAAGUUAGUUCUGCACAAUCUGCUCUAAUGGCAUUACAUGGAAAGCCAUGUCCUCAACUUGGAGGUCGUUCUUUGUAUAUUCGUUAUUCAGUGCUUCAGCCAAAUCCACAGGAUCAAGUGAAGGACUUGGUUUCUGUAUCUAUGACAGCCUUAGAUCUGAACAUUCCCGGACUUUACCUAGUUCACGACUUCGUUAGUGCUAAAGAAGAAGAGGAAUUGCUCCAGGCCGUUGACAGUAGGCCUUGGAAUUGUCUUGCCAAAAGAAGGGUUCAACACUAUGGUUAUGAGUUUUGUUAUGAUAUUCGGAAUGUUAAUACCAAGCGAUGCUUAGGUGAGCUUCCCUCAUUUCUGUCUCCAAUACUUGAAAGAAUAUCAUCAUGUCCAACUUUCAAGAAUGUUGACCCUGAUAGCAUAGUUUUGGACCAACUUACGGUAAAUGAGUACCCACCUGGAGUGGGUUUAUCGCCUCAUAUAGACACUCACUCUGCAUUUGAAGAUUUAAUUUUCAGCCUUUCAUUAGCGGGGCCUUGUAUAAUGGAAUUCAGACGAUAUGAAGACGGCGACUGGCGCCCUAGAGUUGCCUCAAGCACUGUUACAAAAGUAGAAAGUCCAGAAGAUGGCUCAAAUUGUAUUAAGAGGGCUAUCUAUCUCCCCCCUAGAUCUUUGCUACUUUUAUCCGGUGAAGCACGAUAUGCAUGGCAUCAUUACAUUCCACACCACAAGAUUGACAAAGUGAAUGGAAGAGUCAUCCGAAGGGCUUCAAGAAGGGUAUCUUUUACAAUUCGUAAGGUUAGAGCAGGUUUGUGCAAAUGUGAAUUUCCUCAGUAUUGCGACUCUCAAAGAUGAUGUUUUACCAAAAUUGCAAAGAAGAUUAAAACGUAAAGCGUCAAAUAUCUAUCGUUGAGAGUUGCAAUGAACAUAAUCUGAAGGUUAAUAGGUUAUCUUCCUGCAGACAAUCCGGUUUUACUCGAACAAACAUGCAAGCAUUACAACCUAGAAAGGAAAUCAAUAGUUGGGUGGGCACUCAUGCUGGGAAGGACAAUAUUUAUAAGCUAAUUUUCCACCGAAAAAUAUUUAGGUGUCACUUCAUUAUCUUGGUUCUGUCCUACCAUUUUCUUGUUGUAGCAAUACAGGACUCCAGUUAUAUAUUAGCUUUCAAGGAACAUAUUUAUACCUAUUUAUGAUUCUCCAUAUUCAAUAUAGGUCAAUUUUGUACCUCAA